AUGGAAUAUGAUGCAAAACGGCAAAUGGAAACAAAAGCGAAGGAAGCAAUUUUCUCACUUCUAUUUCAAAAACGAGCUGCAACACCACAUUUGAUACUAAGAGUUCGAAGGGACUAUUUAAUCGAAGAUUCAUUAAGUCAAAUUUCUGAAAAUGAAAUGGAACUGAAAAAAUCACUUAGGAUAGAAUUUGUUGAUGAAAUUGGAGUAGACGGUGGUGGUCUUCGAAAAGAAUGGUUUUUAUUAUUAGCACUUGCAAGAGGAUUGGAUCAACUUCUUAAGUUUGAAGGUGAUGUUGAAUCUACUUUUUGUCGAGAUUUUGUUGGUGAAUACGAGGCGUUUGAUGAUAUAAAAAGGGUUCCUUUGAUACAUAAUGGACAGAAUAUACCGCUUUUUCAACCUGAAGAAAUCGAACUUUUGGUCCGUGGUAGUGCAGAACCGUUGGAGAUUGAGCAGUUACGCUCAGUAACAGUAUAUGAAGGAUUUCGAGAGGAUGAAGCUACCAUAAUAAAUUUCUGGGCCAUUUUUAAAGCUAUGGAUCCUAUGAUGCAACGCAAAUUGCUUACAUUCGUGACAGGAACUGAUAGGAUACCUGCUACAGGAU